UUUUCUUCCUUGAAAAUUUACAAAAAUUCAUCAAAAAAACUAAAUUUUCGGUAAAAAAUAUAAAAUAAAACCACCACGAUGGAGGAAAUGUUCAUUGACAUCCACAAAAGACGCGACAUAAAGCGAAUAUUUAGCACAAAAGACCUCGGAGUGAUAAUCGAAGGAGCUGGAAUGAUCAAAACAUCCAAGAAAUACGACAUUUAUGUGGAAAAAGUUGAUUCCAUGAAUUUAUUUCAAAUUCGUCUCACGGAAGUAUCGGAUCACACGGAUAUGCUGCUGUGCACUGUCGAUAGCGAAAUUUUUGAGCAAAUUAAGGUCGAACAAUCGAUUAAUGUGAGUUUUAAUGGUUUCGUCGAUCAUUUAAUCAAGAUUUUGGACGGUUGUAAAAGGGAGGAAUUGUUCGUCGCUAUUUUAGAAGAUAAAGGCACCAAAUUCAUGCAGCUGUACGAAAAACGUCCUUUUAAGAAUCUCACGCAUCUUUUUUUGCCCCUAAAUCCCGCCAAAACGAAAGAAAUUCUCUUUCACAUCAAUCAAGCCUUGGAAAAUGUCCAAUCAAAGCUCAAAAAUUCCGAAGUCCAGAUCGAACGACAAACGCAGGAGCUGGAACAACGUGACGAAAUGAUCACCGAGCUGCGAAACGAAGUGAAAAACUUGAGUCAAAAGUUGUACGAGCAAGAAAAUAUGAUUUUCAACCGAAAUACCGAGGAAGUCAAUCGCUUACAACAAACGAUCAAACACUUGCAGGAAGGCAAAGAAACGAUGGAGAAAAAAAUGCGGCACGAUUUACGUGCGAUGCAGGAAAAAAUCGACUCCAUGUCACGCGAAGUCUUCAGCAGCAACGAAAAAUUCGUGCACGAAUGUAAAAAUAGCGAAUUUCUGAAAGAAGAAAUCGGAAAAUUAAAUUCCUACAUUUCCGACUUGAAAUCCACGAAGCACAAACUCACGCAGGAAAAUGACAAGUGCAAGAGCAAGGAGCACCGAAUGGAGAAAAAAAUCUCGGAAUUGCAGCAAUUGUACCAAGAAACGCAAGAAACGCUGACGCGACAAGAAAAAGAAAUUCAGAAAUUGUCGGCGGAGCUCGAGGCGGAAAAGAAAAUUGUCAAUAACAAGAGAAUGGCGUUGAGUAUGGCCACGGAGGAAAUUACGAGCGCCAAUCGGAUCAUAAUUAAGCAAAAACAGGAAAUGGAAAAACUCAAGAGCAAAAUUGAAGUAAGAACGGAAGUGGCGUUGCAACAAGAAAAAGUCGUGCAACAAAAGGAGAAAGAGAAUCAAGACAUGCAGAACAUCAUCAAAGCGCUCAAGAAGGAAUUUGACGAAACGAAAAUUCGGAAAGAAGAGUUUUUGGAUACAAUUGACAAUUUGCAAGAUGCGGUCGUUAAUUUGGAUGAAAAGUACCUGAAACGCAUCAACGACUUGAACCAAGACUUGGACCGUGCUCUCGUCACAAAAACCAAAAUGCGCUUUUUACAAUAAAAAACUAAAAGCUUUAAUCAUCUUCAUCCACAUUAUUUUUGUUAUUCAUCGCCGUCCCAACGUUCACUAACUGCGAAAUGUCCUCCUGAUUGCCUUGCAUCCUUUCCCGAAUCAGUUCCGCGAUCGCCUUUUGUGUCCUUCUCUCCAAAAUU